AUGGAGGUCUCCGAUCAGGAACAAAGCUCCCAAGAGCUAGAUUUAGAGGCGAUAACUAGGAAAAUUUCAUUUCUUGACAAAUGGAGGGAAAUCUUUAGUUUCCACAGGCUGGGAACCAAUAAUACAGCUCCUCAGGAGCCUGCAGGCAGCCAUGCAUCUGCUGAUGAAACUGAAGACAGAGCAGGAGAGCCUCAGCCCAGAGGACAAGGAUGUCUGCCAUCGGGUCACCUUUGUUCUAUUCCCAAACCUUCUAUCAUCAUUUCCAGAUCGGGCGGCUCUCCCGUCUCCCGAGCCAUGGCCGCGAAGCUGCGUCAGAGUCUCUUUGGAGACACAGUUGGCGUCUUCAGCCACGACUGGAAAGAGGCCUGUUUCAGGUUCCACGAUCCUUUCUCUGACCUGGCUUUUGCUUUGCAAGUGGGAAAGGGAGGUGCCCGGAGCAUUCAGAUGGCUGUACAAGGAUUCAUCAUCAAAUACUUGUUGUUUGCAAGGAAGGGAAAAGACUGUAACCUCCUCAGCUUACGCACCAUAAGCCGGCAGGAGCAGGAGCGGGCCCUGGCUGCUGCACUCGCUGGCAUCCUUUGGGCUGCAGGAGCGGCUCAGAAGGCCACCAUCUGUCUUGUCACUGAGGACACCUAUGUCGGCUCGACUCCUGACUACUCUAGGGACGAUUUCACCGAGCGGCUCCAGCUGUUUGAGCUUUUAGAGCAAGAAGCCACUGAGAGAUUCAUCUAUGAUCAUUUACAAUGGUUCAAAGGGGAAGGAAGCCAGGGAGUCAUCCUGUUUCUUUACAGCCUCAUCUUCUCCAGAACAUUUGAAAGGCUGCAGAAGGACCUAGACGUUUCCACGACUCAUCUGCUAAAACUAAAUGCUGGAGGCUUCCUGUGCAGGCAGGCAGUUUUGAACAUGAUUUUAACCGGAAGAGCCAGUCCAAACGUCUUUAAUGGCUGUCAGGAAGGAAAGUCUCAGGAUACACUGCACGGCGUCCUGACCCGCGGUGACGUCGGCUAUCUGCAGUGGGGUCGGGACACCUCGGAGGAUGACAGGCUUUCACAGGUGGGCAGCAUGCUGAAGACUCCCAAAUUACCUAUUUGGCUGUGCAACAUCAAUGGAAAUUGCAGCAUCCUUAUUAGCACAAACAGGCAGCUCUUAUCAGACUGGAAAAUGGAGCGUUUCUUUGAUCUGCACUUCUACAGUGGCCAGCCCUGGCAGAAGAAGCCUGCACGUCUGACCAUAGAUACUCACUCCCAUCACUGGGAAAGGGUCCGAUGUGAAGAUGAACACAGAACAGGAAGAAGGUUUUCUCCAGUGGAGAUGGCCAUCAGAACCAAGUGGAGAGAGGCCACCGUCAACUGGAACGGAACUGUCCCCUUUUUCUGA